CGGCGGUGUCUCAACUGGCUGUUUCGUUAGCGGUAUUUUGAAUCUUGAACAAACUGUAAAUUCUAGUUGAGUCUAAUUCUCAGAUCUUCAAAUGGAUCAAACUAUGGAUCAUUCACUGAUUGAAAGUGAACGAGAGUAUGUAGAGUUUUUGGAUGAAACAGAUGAGUAUAAAGAUCGUAUCAAUUCGUUAAUUACUCGUGACAGUAUUCGUCUAAUGAUCAAUAUUAAUGAUUUACGUCGUCAAAAUCCUGGAAGAGCUAAUAAACUCUUAGAAAAUGCCUGUGUAGAAAUAGUAGCUUGUCAGAAAGCACUCAAAAAAUGCGUUCAAAAUGCAAAUCCAGAUUUUGCUAAAACAAAGCAUGAAUUCUUCGUUGGUUUUGAAGGAAGUUUCGGAUCACGUCAUGUAACACCUCGUACACUAAAUUCCAAACUAUUAGGAAAUAUGGUUUGUUUAGAAGGCAUAGUAACAAAAGCUUCACAUAUACAUCCUAAAGUUGUAUGUAGUGUACAUUAUUGUCCAACUACAAAAAAAACAAUUGAACGUCGAUAUGCUGAUUUAACAAGUUUAGAACCAUAUCCAUCAGUUGGUGUAUAUCCAAUAAAAGAUGAUGAAGGCAAUUUAUUAGAAACUGAAUAUGGAUUAUCCGUUUAUAGUGAUCAUCAAACAAUUACAAUUCAAGAAAUGCCAGAAACUGCACCAGCUGGUCAGUUGCCACGUUCUAUUGAUGCAUUACUUGACAAUGAUUUAGUUGAUGCUAUUCAACCUGGUGAUCGUGUACAAAUUGUUGGUCAUUAUCGUUGUUUACCAGGUAAAAAAAAUGGUUUUACUACUGCAAAUUUUCGUACUGUCAUUAUUGCAAAUAAUGUACAAUCAUUAAGUAAAGAAACUGGUCCAAAUUUUUCAGAAAAAGAUAUUAGUAUGAUGCGAUUAAUUUCAAAACGUAAUGAUGUUAUUAAUCUUUUAACUCGUUCUAUUGCACCAUCAAUAUGUGGUCAUGAACAUAUUAAAGAAGCAAUUCUUUUGUUACUAUUGGGAGGUGUUGAACGUCAACUUACUAAUGGUUCACGUAUUCGUGGUGAUAUCAAUCUUUUAUUGAUGGGUGAUCCUUCAGUUGCAAAAUCACAAUUUCUACGUUUUGUUCUUUAUAUUGCACAUCGUGCUAUUGCUACAACUGGUCGUGGUUCAUCAGGUGUUGGUUUAACUGCUGCAGUUACAACGGAUAUGGAGACUGGUGAACGUUCAUUAGAAGCUGGUGCUAUGGUAUUAGCUGAUCGUGGUAUUGUUUGUAUAGAUGAAUUUGAUAAAAUGUCCGAUAUCGAUAGAACUGCUAUACAUGAAGUAAUGGAACAAGGUCGUGUAACUAUUUCCAAAGCUGGUAUACAAGCUAAAUUAAAUGCUCGUUGUUCAGUGUUAGCUGCAGCUAACCCGGUUUAUGGUAAAUAUGAUCAAUAUAAAACACCUAUGGAAAAUAUUGGUCUACAAGAUUCUCUGUUAUCUCGUUUUGAUUUAUUAUUUAUUGUACUGGAUAAAGCUGAUCCAGAUUCGGAUCGUGCAAUAGCUGAACAUGUGCUUAAAAUUCAUCGUUAUAGAGGACCAGGAGAACAAGAAGGUGAAGCAUUACCAUUACAUUGUGCUACACAUUUACUUACUACAGGAGCUGAUCCACUCACUGUAGUGCCUCGUGAUGAUCAUGAUGAAGAUGUAGAUGGUACUGAUUCGCAUAGACAAGAAGAAGAAGAUCAAGUGUAUGAACAACAAAAUGAAUUUCUUUUACCAUCUCGUGGUAGAAAACAAGAUCAAUUAACUAUUAAAUUUCUACAAAAAUACAUUCAUGUUGCUCGUCAAUUAAAACCACAAUUAACUAAAGAGGCAGCAUCAAUUUUAGCUGAAAAAUAUUGUGAUUUACGUGCACAAGAAGCCUCAGAAAGUAUGGGUCGACCUGGACGUGGUGAACAAAAUCGUAUGCGUCGUACUCAACCAAUUACAGCUCGUAGUUUAGAAACUUUAAUCCGGCUGUCUACUGCACAUGCCAAAGCUCGUAUGUCUAAAACAGUAACUAAGAAAGAUGCUGAAGCUGCUGUUCAAUUAAUAUCAUUUGUCUUGUUUAAAGAAGUUUUAGAGAAAACUAGACGUAAACGUGAUCGUCAUUCAGCUGAUGACGAUGAUGAUGAUAAAGAUUCGGAUAAUGAUGAAGACCAAAAUGCAAAUGACACUGAACGCCGUGAUCCAUCAAAGCAACCGGCUAAACGAAGACCUACAGCUACAGGAAGUCAUUUCUCUUCGGAUCCAAAUGACCCAUAUGCAUUUACAGAAGAUCCAACUGUAACUCGAACUGAACCACUUGCAGAAACUGUGCCUAUUUCUUCGACUGUACAACUAGAACGCACAUCUCAGCUGUCAACAAUGAUUAGUCGAAUUUUCCAAGAACGUCGUGUAGAACAAUUAACAGUGACUGAGAUAGCUAAUGUUGUUCGAUCACAAAGUACCAGCGCAGGUGUAUUUACUCAAUCGGAUAUUCGUACUACUUUAGAAUAUAUGCAUCAGAAUAAUCGUAUUAUGCUUGCCGGUGAUGAUGUUUGGCUUAUUUAGUGUAUUUGUUUGUUGCUUCAGCUAUUAGACGAACAUUUCCUCUCUUUGUGUGUGUGUGUCUUCAGAUCAUGAAUAUUUGUAUGAUUAUUAUUAUUAUUACUAUUAUU